GCUCACGCUAAUUGCGGUUUGCGUUAAUUGAUCUCACGCUAAGUGGGGCUCUACUGUAUAUAUAUAUAUACAGUAAGCCCCCAAAUUUAGCGAAAUCCAGCUUAGCGAAACCUUUAUUUAGUGACUGUCUGGAAAAAGGCCAAGCCCUCAAGUUUGGCGAUUUUCUUUCAUAUUUAGCAAAUGUACCACACUACACUGUCCUGCCUCCCGCCAAGGCCGCCUGGAGGCUGUUCUCCAGGCGGCCUUGCUCCCGCUUGCUCUGAGCCAAUUGUCCUGCCUAUCGCUUGCUGUGAGCCAAUCGUGUGUCUGUUUUGCCGUGAUGUCAGCCCCACAGUGCCUCCGGCAUUCCUACUCGACACUUGAGCUAUUGUGUGUGUUAAUUCAGCAUGUGAACUCAUUUUUUGUGCUCCCAUCCUCUCUGUUCAGCGAGUUUUGCUAUCACCAUGGCCUCCACUAGUGGUUCGGGGGUGCUGAUUCUAGUGAAGGUGGCGAUGUUGCUGAUAAGAAAGCUGUGCAGAAGUGUGAUUAUAGGAAAGGUAAACAGCACAAGAUCUAUUCAAUGGCUGACAAGGAGAAAAUUUUAAACAUGAUAGAAGCUGGAGCAAGAACCUGUGAUAUUGUUAAGGCCUUAGGGGUUCCUGAGUCUACAGUGAGGAACAUUCGAAAGGCCAAGAGUGAAGUUAAGAAAAAUAUUGAAAGUGCAAAGAAUUAUUUCCCCAAGGCUGGCCCCUCUAGGGGUAUUCAUGAGAGGUCUGUGAAGAACCACAUGCUACUUAUAACAGAAUACUUUCUACUGAACUGGCUUACACGUAGACUUGAAGAAAAACAAAGUGUUGAUGGUGAGGAAAUUCGUCGUACUGCUAGAGAAUAUUAUGCAGGUGUGUGUGCCAAGAAAAAGGUUAAAAAUCCUCCUUACAUCACUGCCUCAAAAGGGUGGCUGCAGAGGUUCAAGAAGAGGUGUUCUAUAAAGCAUGCCUCUUAUAAAGGGGAGAUAGCCUCUGCUGAUGUCGAGGCAGCCAAGGCCUUUAUUCUUGUGGCCAAGCAAAUAAUUGAUGAGGGUAAUUAUUCCCCUGACCCAGUGUUUAACUGUGACGAAACCGCUUGCUACUGGCGUCGCGCCCCUGCUUCUACAUUUAUUCCUAAAGAGGUGAAGCAGGCACCUGGUCACAAGCUGGCGAAGGACAAAUUCAGUGUUUUAUUCACAUGCAACGCUAGUGGAGAAUGUAAAAUGAAGCCACUGGUGAUAUACAAAUUUGCCAAGCCUUAUUCAUUUACAAAUUGUGACAUGGAGAACCUGCCUAACUGUAUCUGGCUUCAUAAUGCAUCUGGAUAUAUGACUAUCCCAAUAUCUGUCAUCUGGUUUGACAAGCAUUUUGUACCCGAUGCAAAGAGACACUGUAAAAAGAAAAAUAUCCCCUUCAAGGUUGUGCUGUUCCUUGACAAUGGCCCCGGCCACGCAAAAUUCCUGGUCUGGCGGCACCCAGCUGUCCAAGUUGUAUUUAUGCCCCCCAAUACUACAGCCAAACUACAGCCCCUGGAUCAAGAGCUUAUUGCUAACAUGAAGCUCAUCUUCUAUGGCUAUCUCCAUGAUAAAAUUAAAAGGGCAACAGACAGCCGAAAGAAGAUGAAAGACAUUGAAAAGUUAGUGAGUAGCAGGGAGGAGGAAGUGGCAACUCCCGACCCACAAGCAGCACCCUCAUCACCGGCAUCUCUCAUUGCCUCUACCUCCGCACAGCUGGCCACACCACAAACCCCACACUCUCCAGUUGCCUCAACUUCAGCAGUACCUCCUGUUGCAUCAGAUGUAUUAUCUAUGAAGCAGUUUUGGAAGAAAUUCCAGAUCAAGCAGGUGGUUGAUUUGAUGUCUCGUUCUUGGUCUGAAAUAACUCUGAAGACAAUUAGACAUGCCUGGAGCCCUUUACUGCCUCAUUUAAAGCUGCAAGAGGAGGAGAGACAGAAGCAAGAAACACUUCUCCAACACAACAAAUUCCAUUCAACAAGUUCCCAGCAUGGCUGCAGUGGACAAUGAGGCUGUUGCUGACAUCGUUAGAGAAAGAACCAAGGAACUUGAUGAUGGAGGAGGACGAGCAGGAGGUGGUAGAUCAAGAAACAUCAACACCAGGAGAUAAGGAGGGCACCACUAAAGAACUGAGCAACAUCCUAGGACUCUGUGCUAUCUUAAAAGAAGAGACCUUCAACAAAUUCAAACAAGAUGACGAAAACAUUGAACAAGCUGCGCAACACCUAGAAAAGUUCACAGGAGUAUUCAGGGGGCUUUGCCAGAUGAAGUUAGCAUCAACUCAACAGGCAAAAAUAACAGACUUCUUCAACCAUCAGCUUGCAAGGCAAAGAAUGAUAAGUCAGGGUCUCACUGAUAUUCUAGGCAAUGAGGAUGCUGAUAUCCUGGAUGAUCCAUCACCAUGUGAUACAGCUGCAGAGGAACCCCAGGCACCACCUCCUGUUCACAUAUCUCCAGUCUCUCAAGAAGAUGCAGAAUUCCUAGGCUUUGAAGAAGUUGAUACUGCAUCAGCCAGGGAGGUUGCAGCCCGAGGAGAGGACCCCAGUGGUGGUGGCGGGCACUAAGCCUAUGCGCCGCUACCACCACCCUGUAUUUAUCAUCCCUCCAGGCUUUCAUUCUCCCCUUUUAUAGACCAACUAAAUCCUGAGAGAUAUGCAGCUGUUCAUUUUAGAACAGAGAAUAUGGAUGAUGCUUCUUUCAAGGAAUAUCUGAUCAUUGUCUUCCUACCAAGCCACACCUUUCAGUCCAAACCAGCCAUGCUGCAAAGCAUACCAGGUGCAUCUUGGUCCAAUUCCUUCAGAAGAAAUAGAAAGAAGCCACAGAGUGAUUUGUUGACCACCAUUAGCUAUUUAGCUGCUGAAUUGUCAGAGCCGGGCUUCAUCUUUUCAUGGCUUACAUGGGAUGAUCCUCUUGCACAACAAUUGGGUCCUGUGUAUGGACUCUUUCCAGAACUGCAGACUCUGGUAGGACUGGAAGUGGAGGAAGGAGCACUGCACAUUUUCCCUCACAACAACAAUACUCAUGCUGCCCUUAAAGCCUGGCUUAUAGCUGUUAGGGAAGGUCAUAGCACACCCUCUGUGUUAUUGCCAAAGAAGAUGUGGGAACCCCGCUUGCCUGGCUUUGACUAUCUCAGUUUUAUGCAGCAGGACCAAGACCAUGAUGCAGAAGACCACCUUGUGCUGGAAAUGGAGGCUGACCUCACUACAAAACUUCAUGAUGGUGGAAGGAGCAGUAGCAAGGAAAUCAUCCAUGAAGAAUUGUAGGUGUUUUCUAUUUACCAUGAUCCUUUUUAGAUAACUGAUGUGGUUGCAAGGUCCUUGUUCUAUUUACCUCUUGAUCUAAAUCAUCAACAGUCUAGCCCUUGUAACAACUGAGCAUCGACACUCUUGUUUUGUUAUACUGUUGGUCAUUAUUUAAUGGCUGCAAGCAUUCUUUUUAUCAUGAGUGAAUCCUUAUCAGAUUCAAAUCCAGAUCAAUGAUUUAGAACUGAUCAGUAUUAUGAAUAGAAGACACCUUAUAAAACACAUUACAUGUAUAAAACUAACAAAUUAUAAGUGUUGUAACAGUUCUUGAAGUAACUUGUAUUGUUAUUUGUUUUUAGAAUAUGUCAACUGAAGUAAUCUAGCAAUGAUAUUCCAACAUUUUUGGCAAAAAAUUUACAUUAUUUCCUAUAAAAGAUUACAUAUCAAUUCAGUAAUACCAAAUUAAACAUCAAAUUAGAUUUAAGUUUCAUAAACAACAUAAGUUAUCAACAAUGAUCCAGGGUUAUAAACUAUUAGUACCAUGAAA